AAAAAAUUGACGAUUUCGACUUUAUCAAACGGCAAAUGCUGUAAUGUAAUAUUUUUAUUGAAAAGCUAAUUUCAUUGUGGUGUAUUGUAUGAAUAAAUAUUAAUAAUUUUUUAAAUUAUUACAAAUGGAUCUAAGUCGUGCAACGUUAGGUAUAGCGGCUGGAAUUGCAGGGACACUCUUUUUAGGCUAUUGUGUGUAUUUUGAUCAGCAACGUCGAAAGGAUCCUCUUUACAAGAAGAAAAUUAGAGAACGUCGUACACAAAAUGCCCAACACAAUUCUUCGAGGUCACGGACAAUCGGAGGACCUCUUCCAGAUAUGAAUGAUCAUCAAGCUAUGCAGGCCUUCUUCCUACAACAGAUUCAGCUUGGUGAGGAGUUAUUGGCUGCAGGUGACUUAGAAGCAGGAGUGGAGCACCUCGGACAGGCUGUGACGGUCUGCGGACAGACACAGCAGUUGCUAAGUGUUCUACAGCAAACGAUGCCCGCGCCGAUCUUCCAUCUUCUCCUGAAGAAGUUGCCAGAAGUGUCGGAACGUUUGCGUGCAUCGAUGCGGGCUAGCGCCGGCGUUUCACUCCAAGAGGAAGAUGUCGAAUAAAAUGUACUUAGAUUUAGUUGCCUCUUUCGUAUCUGUGUAUUUUUUUUUUAUAUUUUAUGCCUUUAUCAGCACACUUAGUUGACCCAAAAUGAUACAUUCAGUCGUAAAAUUCAUAAUAAAUAUAGUAUAUGCAAUAAAAUUCUAUGAAAUGAAUUGAAAUUUAUUUACUUGUAUGAGUCGUGGUAACAUAGUUCUUAACAAUUGGUAGAUGUACAUCACAAUUCGCCAAUAAAUCGGUAUACAAAUAUUUCAUUGUCAAUAUAAGAAUUAUUAUAUUUAUAUGUCAUUAUUACACAUUACAUAGCUAUAAUUAAAUAAUAUAGAAUAAACAUUAGUUUGUAGGUACCACUCUCAAAUAAUAACUUUUAAAUAUCAAUAUUUUUGGCUAAAGAAUUAUUUUAAACUAUAAUUUAUCUAUGAGUAAUAAUUCUAAUCACGUCAAUAUGAUGAUAUUUUGCUUUUACCCUCAUAUUUUGAAUGAUGGAUUUAUCUGUUCUGUAAUAAUUCAUGUUAAUAUGCUGCUACGAUUCAUAAAUAAGCAAUAAAAACUGUACUCACUAAUAUUCAAUGUCAGAAUAAUAAUUUGCUUCUACCCUCAUAUUUUUAAAGUUAUUAGUAAUAUUGUUAUAAUUUAUUCAAAAUUUAGCUUUUACUCCUACUACUCAUAAUUUACAAAAAAAAAUCCUAUUCAUUUUUUUUACAAUGUCAGAAUGAUAAUGUGCUUUUACCCUAAUAUUUUGAAAGUGGACAGUUUAGUUUAAAAUCACAGAUGUGGUAAUGAGGAUAACUAAGUUACUAGAACCUUAUCAGUUAAAUAAUGUUAUUUAGAUGUUUGUGUUCAGAGCUAUCCUAUGAAUGACUUCUUAUGAAUGCUGAAGUUUUGAAUGCGAUUUAUUAUUAAAUAAAAGUUGAUUACAUCAUUGUUUUCAUUUAUUA